GCAACCCUAUGGACUAUAGCCAGCCAUGUUCCUCUGUCUGUGGGAUUUUUCAGGCAAGAAUACUGGAGUGGGUUGCCAUUUCCUCCUCCAGAGGAUCUUUCUGACCUAGGGAUGGAACCCACGUCUCUUACAUCACCUGCAUUGACAGCUGUAUAGUGUCCAUUGUAUGGCUAUACUAUCAAAGGACAUUUAGAAGGGUUUUCAAACUUUCGCUAUUAUACAGUGCUGCAAUGACAAUCUUACAAAAACAAGAACGUGGGAUAUCUAGGUCAACAGGAGCCUCCUCUAUCUGCAGGAGGGAGCGGAUCUGGGGCAUAACUCUUGGAGUCCUGUCCAAGAGAGGAAUGCUGAGUGAGCAGAGGCUGUGAACCCUUCACGUUCUCCUCCCAUCCCCUCACACAGCUCCAGAGGACUCUGAGAGCUUCUGCUAGGGGACACCGGUUUGAUCCCUGGUCCAGGAGGAUCCCAUACACUGUGGAGCAACUAAGCCCGUGGGCCGCAACUGCUGAGUUCGUGAACCACAGCUACUGAAGCCCCACGUGCCCUAGAGCCUGUGCUCUGCAACAAGAGAAGCCGCAGCAAUGAGAAGCCCAGGCACCACAAUGAAGACCCAAGCACAGUCACAAAUAAAUAAAAAAAUUAAAAAACCCACCAAGUGCACAGAUAAGUACAUGACUCAGUGAAUUUUCACAAAGUGAGCACACCUGUGUAAGAGCAGCCACCUCAAAGAACAGAACACUACCAGCACCCCCCACAAGAAGGUCCUAACAUGCUCCACCCCAGUCUCUACUCCUUCCCCCAUCAAGAGAAACCACUCUCCUGAAUUCUCUCAUCGUUUCCUGGGGGGUUCUUUCUUGUCUAUUUUAAUCACUCUGUUUUUCAAGUAUCAUGGGGUCUGUUGCUAAAGUUAAACAUAUUCUAUUUUGCAGGUGUGGAGCUGGGGGUGGUUGAGAGAACACACUCCCUGGAUAAGAGAGACGAUUGAGGGUGGGAAAGUUAGGGGGCUGUUCUCCAGCUGCCCUUGUUCUCUUUGCCAAUGUGAGGCUCUGCUCUUUUCUCUGUCCUCCUCCCCCAGGACUACAUCUCCCAGCAGGCUGCGCUCUGACAGCUCUCGGAUUUAAAUAGGAUUCUGGGCUGCGCUCAGAGCCAGGCUGUUGCUGAGCACCCAGGAGCGAGAAGAGCUGGAGGAGAGAGAAGCAGCAAGAAGCAGCCAAGAGUUGGAGCCAGACUAGGAGGAGCCCGAGCCAGAGUUGGAGUAUAAGUUGCUCUUGCUGAAGCAGCAGCAACUAAAGAAGUUGAAAAGAUGCUGGUUGCCUUGGGACUGCUCACCUCCUUCCUUUCUUUCCUGUAUGUGACAGCUCCAUCCAUCAGGAAGUUCUUUGCUGGCGGGGUUUGUAGAACAAAUGUGCAGCUUUCUGGGAAGGUGGUGGUGAUCACUGGCGCCAACACAGGCAUUGGCAAGGAGACGGCCAGAGAGCUUUCUCGUAGAGGAGCCCGAGUAUACAUUGCCUGUCGAGAUGUACUGAAGGGGGAGUCUGCUGCCAGUGAAAUCCGAGCUGAUACAAAGAACUCCCAGGUGCUGGUACGGAAACUGGACCUAUCUGAUACCAAGUCCAUCCGAGCCUUUGCUGAGGGCUUCCUGGCAGAGGAAAAGCAGCUUCAUAUUCUGAUCAACAAUGCAGGAGUGAUGCUGUGCCCGUAUUCCAAAACAGCUGAUGGUUUUGAAACCCACUUGGGAGUCAACCACCUGGGUCACUUCCUUCUCACCCGCUUGCUCCUGGAGCGGCUGAAGGAGUCUGCUCCUGCACGGGUGGUGACCCUCUCGUCAGUGGUCCAUCACGCCGGCAAGAUUCGCUUCCAUGAUCUCCAGGGUGAAAAGUACUACAACCGGGGUUUCGCUUAUUGCCACAGCAAGCUGGCCAAUGUGCUCUUCACUCGCGAGUUGGCCAAGAGGCUCAAAGGCACGGGGGUCACCACCUACGCGGUGCACCCAGGCAUCGUCCGCUCCGAGCUGGUCCGACACUCCUUCCUGCUGUGCCUGCUUUGGCGGCUCUUCUCCCCCUUCCUCAAGACGACGUGGGAGGGGGCCCAGACCAGCCUGCACUGUGCGCUGGCUGAGGGCCUGGAGCCUCUGAGCGGCAAGUACUUCAGUGACUGCAAGAAGACCUGGGUGUCACCCAGGGCCCGGAAUAACAAAACGGCUGAGCGCCUGUGGAAUGUCAGUUGUGAGCUUCUGGGAAUCCAGUGGGAGUAGAUCUGGUGGAAGAGGCAUGGUUGUAUCAGACCGAGUCCACACCAUGAGAGACGGGGACCAAGGAGAAAGCCUACCCUGCAGGCUUGUCCUGGCAGGCUGCUCUAGUGAACCCUGGCCUGCUCCGAUACUCCUGACCCUUCUAGAAAUCUUUGCACAUCCAACCCUCUCAUAAGGCUGGCUCAUGGCAUAAGACGGUCACACCUACAGAGCUCUCUUUUCCAAGACUUACAGAGUCGACCACCCUCUUGGGCCAGGAGAAUAGGGCGGUUGCCAGGCUGGGCAUGAGGAUGGCAGAAGAACUUGGGAAACUGGGUCAGUUUCCUCAUCAAGAACAGAAAUGCCAGUUGGCACACUCAGCUGAGGUGAUGAACAUCAGCGUUACAUCUUUCUACGAUCUUUAGGCUCAAAGACCCUUGACUGAUCUCUUUCCUCUUUGUAAUGCUAGUCUGGAGUCUGGACCAACUCAGGAGGAUCUUGGCUCAACCUUGGCUGACUUUAUUUCCUUCCUCUGAGCAUCCUGGAGCCGCAGUGUGAAGGCUCCUGUGUAAAGGCACGGGAGCCUGUUUUCUGUUUCCAAUAGUUUUUUUUUUUUUUUUUAAUUAAAAACAAUUUUUUCAGCUCCACUGAGAUAUAAUUGACAUAUAACAUUGUAUAAGUUUGGACCUUCCCAUUUUCAAUCAUGUAGAUGGUUUCUUUUUCUAAAGAGUUGCCUUUGCCUCAAUUUUAGAGAAAAUAAAG